CAGGGGCCCUGCGCGACCACUUCCGGAGGCACCCAAAGGUGGGUAGUGCGGCCCUGCAGAAGGCUGGCAAGAAACUCACGGAGAAGCCCAAGGGGUCCGAUAAAGUGAUUGCCAUCAGGGAGGCCACCUUGUCGGAGGAUCUGUAUCUGCUAGGCUUUCGUCGCUAUCGCCUUGCUGGGGAGGAAGAUGAGAAGUACCCUCUGGUCGACCGGGGAUAUCAAAACGCAGAAGGUAACUUCAUGGACCCGAAAGCCUUUGCCAAGCUCUCCAAGCAACUGGCUAAACAGAAGAAGAAAGACGGUGGGCCCUCGACCCAGAGAGUUGUGGGUGAGUUUCCCAAGAAGCCGGAGGUGGAGAAGAAACAUGAGGGUGAGGGGCCCUCGGAAACUGUUGACGGGGAAAGCUCCAAGGCUGUGGGCCUGAAAAGGAAGAACUCCGGGAAGGGAAACCAACCCCCGGAGGAGAAGAAAUCAAGGGGGGGCGCUGGGCAGAAGGCGCCCUCAGUAGUAAUCAUCGACGAGCUCCCUUCGGGCAAGCCCUCGGACUCCCUCCCCCUAGUAGAUAUUGAUGAGGGGGCCUGGCCACUGGAGAAGGUGCAGUUCCCCAUCAAGAAGGGGACGGCUAUAAUGCAUGGUACUCUCGAUCCGAGGGAGUUCCUGAGGGGCGCCACCCCCUCGGUGGACCGGUCCACCCUUGGUAGGUUCGAGGACGAAUCUCUCGAGCUGAAGGCUCUUCAGGCCUCGGUUACUGCUAGCCUGGCCUUCGGGGAACUGGUUCGCAGGGCGGAACAACAUCGCCUUGAGAGGGCCAAGUCCGCCGAGGUGACGAGGAAGCUUGUGGCCAACAAUACCGAGGCCAUUCGGCAGCUGGCAUGUUUGGAGGAGGCCCUCCGACAGUCUGACCGAAAGCUGGAGGCCGCCAAGGAGGAAGCCCGGGCCUUGGGGAAGGCCGAAGCCGAGAAGGCUGCCGCUGACGCUGCCAGGACCGCCGCCGAGGCAGCCGAGGCCGCCAAGAGGGAGGCUGUGAGUGAUGCCACGAAGAGUGCCAUCGAUGCUUUCAAGGCUGGGGGCUGGCGAGCUGAGAGCCACAGGGAGUGGGUGUCUUCUAUCGUACCGGAGGCUGUCGAAGAAUGGGUGUUAGGGCCCGGCGCGUUGUGGCUAGCCCGGAAAGGCAAGUCAUUCUACGAGGGUGGUGAGUACUUUACCCAAGCGAACCUCUACCGGAAGCUCGCCCGUCACUAUGGAGUCGACCCGAAGAACUUUAAGCCUGAGGCUUACGGCCUCCCCCCUCUCCAGCCGGACGUAAGGGUUCCCCUCCCCGAGGGCACAGAGAGGGUGCUUCUUGAGGACUCGGAGCUCCUCAACUGUGAUGACGACGAAGACGAGGGACCAGAGGAUGAUGCCGCCUCGAAGCCGAAUGAAGAAGUCCAAGGAGCCGACAGCUAGGAGUCCUGUCCUUAGAACUUUUUGUAAUAGAAUGGCUACCUCGGCUUUGGUCAAACAUUGUAAUCAAAUAUCUUCCGUAUGUUGAUACUCUUCCUUUAUUUUUUGAAUGAAUGCGAUAUGCC